CUUAAGCUGUGGUUCGCUGCAAUUUGAAAUCAAAACAGAGCUUAAUUUUGAUGGGGAAACACGAUGAAGGACGCUCCGUUUUUCCUCUAACAAGUCUCCAGAUCGGCGACUUGCAGUCUUAUCUUUCGGAUCUUAGCCUUUUCUUGUCCCUUGGAAGUAAUAAACUCUACAUUUUGGUGGACAACCGGCCAUGGCUCAGGGACUUAGAUUCACGUCCAGCUCACUUGUGGCAAUUGAUGGUUACCAAGUCCAGGUUGUCUCCAUUUGCUAACACCAAAGGUCGUAGGGAAAGAAAGGAUGGAAAAGAAGCUUCUUCCAAAUCAAAUGCUAAAGAUGCCAAGAAGUUUGAAAGAUGGUUCUCUUUGAUUGAUGCUGCAAUGUUGUCUAAAAAGAGGAUUUUGCUACCUGUUAAGAAGCUGAGAACCUCUUCUCUUCUUAGCAGUGAGCUGCAUCAGACAUUGUAUGGCUUCAUUGUAUUUGAAGUUUCAUGUUCCAAUGUUCGAGGUCUUAACUACUUGAAUGAACUUCAGACCGAUACCUCUCUAGCCAUAGAGGCUAAAUUCAUGCGAAGAUGGGAAUUUGACAGCAUUGAUCAAGCAGCAAAUUGUAUAUCUUCAUGGUUCUCUGGAACAUUAGUGGAGCAGCGGUGUCUGAUGGAAUACCUGAAUUUGACAACUGGAGAUGUCUUCUUUGAUGCUGAACAAGAUUUUCCAAGGUCGAUCCCUUUGAAUGGCGAUGAAUAUAUCUGUGAUAGUUACAGCAUUGAGGAAAACUUCCUCCAUGAUCAUGGUGGCAAUUUCAGGGUGUACCCUGCAACCAUGGACUGCGAAACUUUUGAGCCACACACUCCUCCUACUGGGCCUUAUAAGCGAAGGAAAGUAACUAGGGCAAUUAGUAUUGGAGGUGAAGUUGAUGUCUAUUGUGAGGAACGCCGAGAGCUAGCCGGAAACUUAUUCGGCAACUCUAACGAAAUCGCAGUCGAAGCUACAGAGUAUCAGGAUGUUCUUAUUUUGUUUAGAUUUGAUGAUAGAGAUCUCCCAUUUAAAUUAAAGCAAAUAAUAAUGCCUGAUCUGAGGUUACUUCGUUUACUAGAAGCGGGUCUUCCAUCUUGGGUCAUCUUCCUUCAAUCAUAUCCUGGCUUCUGCCAUAUCUAUCGCCCAUGGAUGUGUCCUCUCGCUAGAGCUUUAUAUGUUUUGAUUUCAAUCAUUACUGUUUUAAUAGGAUUUUAUGAUUUAUACAAAAAUGUCCCUGUUCUUAAAGCAACUGCUUCUCGUUUAUGUGGGCCCCUUUUUCAUUGGAUAGAAACCUGGGAGAUGGUGUCAAGGAUCAAGUACUUGGGAACUAUGUUAUUUCUACAUAACUUUCAGAAGGCUGUUGAGUGGUUUUUGACGAUUACAAGUGCUAUUCGAUCAUUUUUCUCUUUUCUUUAUUUGCCAUUGGCAGAACCAUUUAUGGGGUUGUGGGACUUCCUUUUGCCAAUUUGGAAUAUGUUCAGUGAACUAUUGGAAAGCUUAUUUUCAGCCAUAUGGAUUGUGAUUAGUUCUCUAUGCAGUCUAGUGGAGACUCUCAUAGAGGUUCUACUGAUGCCUAUGUGGUUUAUUGGCUCAGUUCUCUGGAACAUGGUGACUUCUGCCUUUUAUCCUAUAUUUUGGGUUCUUUGGGAAAUACUAUAUGCCCCGAUACGCCUGCUCCUUUUCUUAGCCAGUAUUGUGGUUUCUGUAUGUGGCUUCAUCUUUGAAUUGGUUGGAGGUAUAUGGAGGUCAUUAAGUAGCAUAAUUCGACUUGCUUCAGCUUCUGAAGCUACAGUAACAAGCACAUUCGAGGUCUCCAUAUGGCGUUCACUCUGGAAUGACCUUUUUUCCCAGGUUUUUCGUGCUGUCAGAAGUAUAUUAAAUGGAUUUGUUGCCUUCUUCACAGCUUGCAAUAGACAUCGCCUAAGCAUUUACAAUCACGUACAAGAUGUCAUUCAAAGACACUUUGGUGGAGUCCCUGGAUCACAAACCUCAGAUCCUAGACGAAGCAAAUCAACACACGGAAAUCAAUAUCAACUGAAUCUGAAAGACGUGACCGAGGAGGAGAUCAGGGUCUAAGCUCAAUUGUAACAGUAUCCACACCUCCACCAUCAUCAAGACUAUCUGAAAGAAAGCUCAAAGACAAAUGCUUUAGGUGCGGGAAGCAAGGUCACUGGGCACAAGAUUGCCCUUCCACUACCCCAACGAAGAAUGCUCCGUCUCACCCCUCCACUCCUCCGCCGGACGUCCACCACUUCCCCGUGCUGCGUUGCCAUUGCGGCGUCGCUUGCACGCUUUGUGUUUCCCGCCGCGACGUCAGUUUUGGCAGAAGGUAUUAUGCUCGCAACUGCGACUGCGGUCCUGACAGGGGGAGCUGGUCGGGAAGGAAUUUUUACAAAUGGUGCGAGGAUGUCAAGGCACCUCUUUGCAGGUGCGGCGCCGGAGCCUGCACGAUCAAUUUCCAGGAAGACAGCUACGGGAACUAUGUUAAGUACUAUACUUGCCGUAUCAGAACGGUAUGUUCAUUUCUCUCGUUCUUUCCCUCCAUUUUGGAGACUGGGUGGGCUUGAUCUGUUUAAAAUUUUCAUUCUUUUUAGAUUCGAAGUUCUUUUAAUAGAAUUGGGUUAAUUUUGAAGAACUCCGACAGAAGAUCUGGGCAUCGAGGAUGAAUGUCAACUAAACUUAUUCUCUUUGUUAGAAAUGAAGAAAUUUAAGUGCUUUUUUUUU